GAUUGGAGGUGGACGAUGCAAAAGACUGUCAGAUUAAGUAUUUAAAAGAAGAAAAACGUGACUCAAAAUAAUAAAAUAUUGCAUGUAUUGAAGUCGAAUAAUUGCUUGGUUACUAAUACUAGUACUAUUACACAAGCAAAGAAACAAGAGAGAAAAGCAGAGCAUUUGUGGUAGAUGAUGGCGGCGUCGUUAAACAUGGGGGGAUUGAAUUUGAAGGAGACGUUUUUCAUCUCCCACGGCUCGCCGAUGCUGUCGGUGGACGACUCCAUACCGGCGCGGCCCUUCCUCAAAUCAUUCCGGCAGAAAUUGUUGACCGACAAGCCCGGAUCCAUUCUGCUGGUUUCCGCCCACUGGGAAACCACCCACCCCACCGUCAACGCCAUCACCGGCCCUUCCGAUACCAUCUACGACUUCUACAACUUCCCCAAGCCCUUGUAUCAGCUCAAGUAUCCAGCACCGGGGGCACCGGAGUUGGCAAAUAAGGUGAAGAAAUUGCUCGAGGCAGGUGGAUUCGAGCACGUGGUUGAGGAUAAGGAGCGUGGGCUGGACCAUGGAGCAUGGGUUCCACUUAUUCUCAUGUAUCCAGAUGCUGAUAUUCCUGUGUGUCAGCUCUCUGUCCAAACAAAAAUGGAUGCAACUCAUCAUUAUAACUUGGGGAGGGCGUUGGCCCCCCUUAAGAAAGAGGGUGUCCUUAUAGUAGGUUCGGGUUCUGCCACGCAUAACUUGAGGACUUUGAUAGACCCCAGUGAUUCUGUUGCUUCAUGGGCUGCAGAGUUUAACAAUUGGCUUAAGGAAUCCCUACUAGCCGGAAGAUAUGAAGACGUUAACCAGUAUCUAGAGAAGGCUCCGUUCGCAAAACAAGCACAUCCACGACCCGAACAUUUGUAUCCAUUACAUGUAGCUAUGGGUGCAGCUGGUGUGGAUGCAAAAGCUGAGCUCAUCCAUGAUAGCUGGACUAGUUACACUCUCUCCUAUGCAUCCUACAAGUUCUCGGAGUCAACCUAAAUAGAACAAAUUGCAGCUCAGUUGACAUUGGUAGAAAUAGAUUAGCUAAAGCAGGAAAUGUCGACAGCUCAGAAAACAUGGCUGCUGCAAAUGGAUGCAAUGCAACCGUUUCAAUGAUUCUUUAAGAAUUGUUUGUCUUAUGAGUAGUGCCAUAUUUGUUCAUUGGUGUGAAAUGGAGCUCCUAGCCAAUCUGAAACUAUAUAGGUUUGUUUGUGGUUGUGGUAUUAUGUGAUGACGUCUUUUCAUUAUUGUAAUCUAUAAGAAAUGUUUGUGCUUAUCAAUCUUAAUGAGAAAUCAUCAUAUGUAUUUUAAUUUAAA